AUGUCAGGCAACGUGCACAAGAAUGACCAGCCAAUACCUGCAAUAGCUAGCCAUUUAGAUCCGAAACAUGCGGUACAUAUAUUUCCCGAACAGCUACAGCCGUUUCGUUCAGGUAUACUUGCAUAUGGCGCAUCACUAGCGUCCACAUUGGUUGGGUACCCACUUGAUACUAUUAAAGUGAGAAUGCAGACACACAGCCACUUCAAAGGAUAUCUUGACUGUGCGAGGAGGACAUACAUGGCAGAAGGAGUUCGAGGCUUCUUUAGAGGUGUUUGGGCUCCACUCAUAUCGACAUCAUUCUCCAAAUCCCUCAAUGUGUCAAUCUACACCUUCUGUAAGCCGUAUAUUUACACGGCAAUGUUUCAGAAUAACUGGUAUGGCAAAGUACGACAGGAGCACCCAUUUUGGAGAAAUCUUCCAGUCUGUUUCAUUUCCGGUUGUGUAGCUGGGGCCGGAGUUAGUGUAUUUGCAUGUCCCUUUGAAUUCAUCAAAGUGUAUUCCCAAUUGGAGAAACUUGUUACUGCCAAUUCGUCAUUGGGAAGUGUAAAGACAAGGUUGGGGACGCCAACUACUUUACAAAUUUGCAACACAAUCAUUACAGCCAAAGGGUUCAGAGGACUUUAUUCCGGGUUCAAGCUACACCUUCUUCGUGAUUCAUUGUCUACGGGAGUGUACUUCAGUUUGUAUGAACUGAUAAAAUUAUUCACAAACGACUUGACCAACAAAAACGGGUCAAUUAACUCGCCAUUUACAGUUUUAUUAUCUGGUGGUUUAUCUGGUGUUCUAAGUUGGAUCAUCAUCUUUCCCAUAGACACAGCUAAAUCGCUCGUGCAAAAAGCUGCUGUGGUUAAUAUAUUUAGAAAGCUGCACGGGUUAUCACUGACACCAGUUGACACUUAUAAAAAGAAGGACGGUUGGUUUUAUCGAGGGUUGGGAAUUUCCAUAACGAGAUCGUUUUUAACAAAUAUGGUGUUUUUCGGAGUGUUCGAAUUUGGUUUGACCUACCUAGCUUAG